AUGGAGGAAGAGGGAGCCCGGGGCCUGCCCCAGAGCUUGGCUGAGGGUGUCUUCGGUGAGCAGUGGUGGGGAGACUGGGCAGGGAGAGGCCCCGCGUGGGGAAGCCAUGCCCACGCAGGACCCAGCAGCCCCGUCCCCCAGGCCCUCCUCCUGCUCCUGCCGGGCGCCCAGGGCCGGGGCGGCACUCCCAGCGCCCGGUGUGACUGUGCCCGCGGCUUUCAGAAGAGGACCGGCCCGCUCUGCUGCAGGGGCUGCCCGGCAGGGCAGUACCUAGCGGCCCCCUGCACAGAGCCCUGUGGCAACGCCACCUGCGUCCCGUGCGCCCAGGGCACCUUCCUGGCCGGGGAGUACCACCACCAGAGCAGCUGUGCCCGCUGCCAGGCCUGCGACGAGCUGGUCUCCCAGGUGGCCCUGGAGAACUGCUCGGCAGUGGCUGACACCAGGUGUGGCUGCCCGCCUGGCCGGUUUGUGAAGUGCCGGGUGCCACACUGCAUCAGCGGCUUGCCCUUCCUCUGCCACCCGUGCCUAGACUGCAGGGCCCUGCACCGCCACACGCGGGUGCCCUGUUCCAGCAGAGACACUGAAUGUGGCGCCUGCCUGCCUGGCUUCUAUGAACAUGGCAACAGCUGUGUGUCCUGCCCCACGAGCCCCCUCUGGAGCUGUCCUGAGCCCUGCGCGGCUGCCUGCGGCUGGAGGCAGAGUAGGUGGCGUGCUGGGGACACGGCGGGAGAGCUGGGAAGGGCCCAGGGGAAUUUGGGGGUGGCUACACCAGCACCCCCAACUGCUCUUCCAGUGUUCUGGGUUCAGGUCCUCCUGGCAGGCCUGGUGGUUCCACUCGUGCUCGGUGCCGCCCUGACCUACACCUACCGCCGCUGCCAGCCCUGCAAGCCCAUGGCUCCUGCAGAUGGAGCUGGGAUGGAGGCCCUGACCACCCUGCAGACCACCCACCUCUUACCCCCUGAGAGCGCCCACAUCCUUUUGGUGCCACCCAGCGGCAGUGAGAAAGUCUGCCCCGGCCAGUUGGGAGGCAGCAGCUGGACCCCUGGCUGCGCCCAGACCCAGGAAGCGCCCGGCCUGGAGGUGCCAUGGUCCUGGGACCGGCUGCGCAGCGGAGCUCUGGGCCCGCCGCCGCCGCCACCGCUGUCGCCAGCGCCCCCUGCAGGCUCGGCGGCCGCCACGCUGCAGCUGGGCCCGCAGCUCUACGACGUGAUGGACGCGGUGCCCGCGCGGCGCUGGAAGGAGUUCGUGCGGACUCUGGGGCUGCGCGAGGCCGAGAUCGAGGCCGUGGAGGUGGAGGUGGGCCGCUUCCGCGACCAGCAGUACGAGAUGCUCAAGCGCUGGCGCCAGCAGCAGCCCGCGGGCCUGGGCGCCAUCUACGCAGCCCUGGAGCGCAUGGGGCUGGACGGCUGCGCCGAGGACCUGCGCGGCCGCCUGCAGCGCGGCCCGUGACGCGGGGCCCACCCGCCAGCCGGGGCCCCAGGGCCCUUGCACAAGCCCUAAGUACUGUUACUUAAGCGUGUAGACAUUUUAUGUCACUUAUUCUGUAUGCCUCUGGCACGGCCCUGCGUAGCAGCGCCAGCCGGCCUCGCCCUGCCCGCCCCCCGGGGGCUGCUUAAGGCAAAGGCGCA